ACACACACCUCCCCACCAGCUCCUCCGAGUGCCUAAUACACUGGAAAAUCAAAGAGCGAGCCUCCCCCGUUCACACACCACCGGCGUUGCGCGUGGAGCACAACACUGAGAGAGGUGCCUUCACUCUCCUCUCCAUUCCUGUUCUCUCAUCUAAAGUAUUCGGUAAAGUUGUCUACACACGUAGAUGUAACAAACUAAAAUCUGGAGAUUUUUUUUGUGCUGUUUUUCUGCUUUUCCCACCUGCCAUAUUUACUCUUAAGCUGUAGAAGUGAAUGGCUUUAUGAAGCAGAAGAUGUCUUGGUGAGGUGAUUUUACGCACGGCGCUGAAAUGGAUCACAGACUCUCCAGAGGCAGCUGGGUACCAGUGACUGGUCUGGUUAUAUGUCUGCUUCUGUGUGCAUGCGUGGUGGACCUGGUUCUUGCUCAAAUUCGGUACUCCAUUCCCGAAGAGCUGGAGCAUGGAGCGUUUGUGGGCAACAUCGCUGAGGACCUGGGUUUGGAUGUGGCCAAACUGUCAGCCCGUCGGUUUCGCAUCGUCUCUGGCGCAAAGAAGCAGUAUUUAGAAGUGAACUUGGAGAAUGGAAUUCUGUUCGUGAAUGAAAAGAUAGACAGAGAGGAGCUGUGUGAACGAAGCCCGAGCUGCUUUUUGCACUUACAAGUGGUUAUUGAAAACCCAUUAGAACUGUACAGAGUGGAAGUGGAGAUUUUAGACGUGAAUGACAAUUCUCCCAGUUUUCCAUGGAGCGAGUUCAAUCUUGACAUCACAGAAUCCGCUGCGCCCGGCUCCCGUUUCCCGUUAGAGAGCGCGCAGGACCAGGACGUGGGCACCAACUCCCUGCGCUCCUACCAGCUAAGCGCAAACGAGCACUUCAUACUGAAUAUCCAGACACGCAACGAUGGAAGCAAGUUUGCUGAGCUCGUGCUAGAUACCCCCCUGGACCGGGAACAGCAGAAAAAGCACGAAAUGGUUCUGACUGCCUUUGACGGGGGAUCACCGGAGCGCUCUGGGACAGCGUUGAUAACUAUUACAGUGUUAGAUGCAAACGAUAACGUGCCUGUAUUCGAUCGCUCAGUUUACCGGGCGAGCCUGGUGGAGAAUGCACCGCGAGGAACGCUGGUGCUGAAGCUGAACGCCACGGACCUGGACGAAGGCUCAAACGGGGAGGUUACUUAUGCGUUCAGCGGGCACGCACCACUCAAGGUGCGCGAAUUGUUCAGUGUGGACCCGUACAUGGGUGAAAUCCGAGUGAAAGGCAUCGUGGACUAUGAGAAAGCCAGUGUAUAUGAACUGUACGUGCAGGCAAAAGACAGAGGGCCCUCGGCAGUGGCAGUGCACAGCAAAGUGCUGGUGGACAUCCUGGAUGUGAAUGACAACGCGCCCGAAGUCAUCCUCACAUCAGUGUCCACUCCAGUCCAGGAAGACGCGCCGCCGGGCACGGUGAUAGCCGUAAUCAGUGUCAUGGACCGCGACUCGGGAGAGAACGGUAACGUUGACUGCCAAAUUCCGAGCACCGUGCCCUUUCAGCUCCAUUCAUCUUUUAAAAACUAUUAUACUCUGGUGACGAGUGAGUUUUUGGACAGGGAAGCGGUGUCUGAGUACAAUAUCACCCUCACAGCCCGGGACUUGGGCUCCCCUUCGCUCUCCACCAGAAAAACAAUCCUUGUUCAAGUGUCUGACAUUAACGACAACCCCCCGCGGUUCUCUCAACCUUCAUACACAGUUUAUGUGACCGAGAAUAAUGCCCCGGGCGCUUCCAUUUGCUCUGUAACUGCGUUCGACCCCGAUUCUAACCAGAACGCCUAUCUGUCUUAUUCUAUUCUCGAGGGUCAGAUUCAGGGCAUGCCAGUGUCCACUUAUGUCUCAAUCAACUCUGACAACGGCAAUAUCUACGCACUGCGCUCUUUUGAUUAUGAGCAACUUAGAAACUUUCAGAUUUUAGUACAGGCGCAAGAUGCUGGCUUCCCUCCUCUCGCCAGUAAUGUCACGGUGAACGUUUUUGUCUUAGACCAGAACGACAACGCACCUGUAAUUGUGUCCCCGCUGCCCAAAAACGGCACGGUGGCCACAGAGGUGGUUCCGCGGUCAGUAGACGCGGGGUAUCUGGUCACCAAAAUAACUGCGUUAGACGCAGACGCGGGGCAGAACUCCCGGUUGUCCUAUCAGGUGUUGCAGGCUACAGACCCGGGGCUCUUCAGCGUGGCUCUGUACACGGGCGAAAUCAGGACUAUUCGCCGCUUAGUGGAAAAAGACGCAACAAGGCAAAGGCUGGUAAUAUUAGUCAAGGACAACGGACAGCCGCCGCUCUCCGCCACCGUCUCCAUUGUCCUCACAGUAGUAGACAGCGUGCCCGAGUCGCUGUCAGAUUUCGGAGACCUCACACUCAGCCCACAGCCCCCCUCGAACCUCGCUCUCUACUUGAUAGUGUCACUGAGCACAAUAUCUUUAAUAUUCCUGGUGGCCAUUAUCGUGCUGGCAGCGGUCAAGUGCUACAAGGACAGCGAGACCCUCAGCGGGUACAACCUGCCCCCGUUAGCCUGCUGCUGCUGCGGGGGCUUUCAGCCGGAGCCGCCCCCGGAGGUGUUCAAAAAAUCCAACCUCAACCUGCAGAUUUCAUCCGCCGCCAAAGUGCCCACGAACUGCAUGGAGGUGAAUGGAAAUAGCAGUCUGUCUCAGUCAUAUUGUUAUAAAGUGUGUCUGACCCCAGAAUCAGCCAAAAGUGACUUUAUGUUUCUGAAGCCGUGCAGCCCCAGCAGCACACCGAGGAACAACGAGGCAAAGAGCACAGAAAACUCGUGGAACGCGCAAAGCCGGAGCGCAUCUGUGAACAAUGGAGCAACUACUCCAAACGAGCUGAAGCAGCCAAACACAGAUUGGACUCUCACGAAGAAUCAGAACUCAUCUAUUAAAAGUUAUAACUCUAUCAACAUGGAUGGCACCCUCAUGCGUAAGGCCAUGCACGCAGACCCGGAAAAUUAUGUCACCUCCAUGGCACCUGGACAGUACUGGACCUGGGGAACUCACAUGAGAGGCAUGAAAGACUAUAAGAUGUCUCCUUCACCCAGUGGGCUCCCUUCUCGCCCCUGGACUCCUCGGUGCACACCUCCUCCCCAACAGCAGCAGCCAUCGAUCCCAUCCCACCCACAUCCUCACCCUCCACCUGACUACCACCACAAUGUCUACAUCCCUGGGACACCGUCAGGCUUUUGCACCCUGAGGCCCACCGUGCAGCGAAGUGAGCUGGAUGUCCACAAUUCCUUCUCCACUUUUGGCAAGAAGCGACGCCUUCAAAUGUCUCCCCAAGGAGAGGCUGCGAUGAUAAAUAAUGACCUGUACAAUGAUUGACAUUUCAACGAAUGCCUAAAUGGAUGAUUAAAAUGAUGGAUAACCUAAUAUGAAAACAGAGGGAGAGAACAUUCAGUACAUAAAUUAAUGAACAUAUGAUUUAUAAGUGGUAUGAAAAGUAGAGAGGAGCUGCAAUUCACUUGGAAAUAGAAAUAAUGGAUGGACAAUCUAUUUUGGCCGAAAGGCUGGAGGGAAAUGUAAUCUGAUGGCUAUUUAUGUGACAUGCCACUGCAACAUCGUCAAUGUGUCUGUUAUUAUUAUUAUUAUUAUUAUUGUUAUUAUUAUUUAGACAAUCAAACUGGAGCAGCAGUUACAUCCAAAAUGUUUUGAAAAGCAUUACUGGACAAUGAUUUUGCACAUACUUACGGAUUUAUAUUUUUUGGUUACAUGAAAAGAAAAAGGUGUUCUUUCUUUUUUGUAUGUGUGUUUGUUAACACAGCUUGUGUGAAUAUGACAAAUAGUAUGUUAAUGUAUAUGCAAGCUGCCCCAUGACGCAGACUACUGUAAUGAUGGGGGGGAUUUUCCCCAACAUGUACUGUAUACAUUUAUGAAAAUAAAGUAUUUUUUUCA